UGGAGAAGAGAAACGUUGGUGUUAGUAUAGGAAUGGAGGCUGAUCUGGUAAAGAGAGCAAGCUCGCUAGCCAUAGAAGCUAACUCUACAACUAAUCGAUCUUUUUACCUCUUCAAUAAUCCUUCGCGUUAUGCUAUCUUCGCCUUCCGUGGUUCUGGAACCCUCGAUGACUGGUAUUCCGGCACCGGAAAAUCUUUCGGAAAUACACCCGUUGACUUGAAAGUCUUCACUUCACUCAGAAGUAUCGGCAACGAUGAAGUUGCAGAGGUUAAUGCCAAAUUCUUUCAGCAAUUCCGAGAUCUUUUGAAGGAAGAUUUGCGGCUUAGCGACGAAGUUCGCCGUUUCGACGAUCUACUGAAAGAUUCUCGGCUCAGCAGCGAGGUGCGUCGAGCUGUGAAUGAAAAAAGGACAGUAGUAUUUACAGGAUACUCAUCUGGAGGUCCGAUCGCCAUAUUAGCUACAAUAUUGUUUCUGCAACAAAAUCGUAUUCCUGCUUGGUGUGUAACGUUUGGGUCUCCCCUUGUUGGCAACCAAAUCUUUGGCCAUGCCCUACGGCGAGAAAACUGGGCACAGUACUUUGUACAUUUCGUCAUGAGAUACGAUAUUAUCCCUCGGGUCUUACUGUCUCCUCUCUCAUCCAUCAAAGGAAAAUUGCAGACCCUUCUCCCUUGCUUCAACUCAACCCAGCUGGAAUCAAUCGCUAGAUCUCAGGAAGCAUCGUCGUCCUUCUAUGAUAUAGUGAGAAAUGCUUCGUCCCUUGCCAGCCACACCGCUUGCACAUUCAUGGGGUGUACCAAUUCGUUGUUGCUAACAGUUACUAGCUUCAUCGAGCUUACUCCUUACAGGCCUUUCGGAACCUAUGUUUUCUGCACAGGGAAGGGAAGAAUGUCCACCGUCAAGAAUCCAGAUGCCAUUCUCCAAUUGUUGUUUUAUAGUCUUCAAUUGGAAAAUCCAGAAGCACUCACGGAAGUUGCUUGUAGAAGUUUCAAGGACCAUCUGCAAUACGGGAACGAAAUCUCAGCCAAUUUGGGGAAGGAAGAUGUGGUUGAUCUAGAGCAUCUUCUACUGCAACUUCCUCUAUCUUCAUCAGGUGCUGGUAGUAAUGAGAUGGGAUCAAUCGAAACGUUUAUCAAGGAGCUCGGACUGAGCACAAGAGCCAUGUUGUGCCUCACUGCAGCUAGAGAGUCAGAGAAGCAGAAACAGAGAAACCAAGAUAGGAUCGAUAACAACCGGGACAAGAUCAGAGAAGGGCUGAAGAAACUUCAAGAAUACAAAGCCAGAGGUGAGAUGCGCGAGGUGGGUUACUACGAUGCCUUCAAGCAGCAAAUGGAAGCAGAGGAUUUCCAGGCCAAUGUGACAAGACUAGAGCUUGCAGGGAUUUGGGAUGAGAUCAUCGAAAUGCUGAAAAGGUAUGAAUUGCCUGAUAGUUUUGAGGGGAGGAAGGAAUGGAUAGAGUUGGGGACCAAGUUCCGGCGCCUUAUGGAGCCUCUGGACAUCGCUAACUACUAUCGACAUUCUAAAGAUGAAGAUACUGGACCUUACAUGCAACCAAAAGAAGUCAGACAACCAAGGCCAAAGCGUUAUCGAUACACACAGAGAUGGUUAGAGUAUGCUGAAAGUAAGCCUGUGGGUCACUUCUCAGAAUCUUGUUUCUGGGCUGAAGUGGAAAACCUUCGUAUUCAUACAGACGAUCAGAGAGACAGAGUGCCGAUGCUGGACAAAAAUGUAUCACGAUGGGUUCAAGCUGGGCUGCUAGGAAGGGAUGUGUUCUUCGAGAAGACCACUUUUGUCAAGUGGUGGGAGAACCUUCCUUCUUAUCUUUGCAAUGGGACUAGAAUUGCUGCACUAGUGCAAGGGGAGGGAAGGCAACUUGCCUUUUAUGCAGAUUAGAUUCACAGAGAGCUAUAAACUAAUUU